AUGUUUGUUCUCAUCUGUGCGACUCUGCUCUUCUCUGUGAGACGCAUCACUGCUGCCACAGGGUCACCAGUGUGGGAGGAGGAACCCUGUAAAGAUGGAUCCUGUGUCACGUUCAGUGAAGGAGGAAUAAAAGCAGAGGCUGGACUCUGUGUGGUCAUACCGUGUUCUUUCAAAACUUCCAAUUUUACACCCAAACAGCUGGUGUUUUACAAAUGUGAAGCAUCAAAACAAAAUUGUGCUAAGUCAGACGUGAUAUUUCACUCCAACACGAACAACAACAAAACUCAGCCCCGGUUUGUUGGACGAGUUUCACUGCUGCAGCCUGACCUGAGUCUGAAGAACUGCAGCAUCAUCAUCAAUGACCUCACUGAGUCAGACUCUGGAUCUUAUUGGCUCAGAUUACUGGACGGAAACAAGAAAACACGUCAUUCCUCUUCAAAAGUAAACAUCUCUGUCAAAGGUCUGACCCAGAAGCCCACAGUGGGGAUUCCUCCUCUGACAGAGGGGCAGCAGACCACACUGAGCUGCACUGCUCCUGGUCUCUGCUCUGGAUGGGAUCCUGAGAUCACCUGGACGUGGAGAGGAGCAGGAGAGAAGGACUCUCACAUCACAGGAAACAUCACUGCUGUGAAGACCGAGCACCUGACUUCUGUCACACGGAGACACAGCUCAACUUUGACCUUUAACCCUUCAGCUGAACACCACGGCACCGAUGUGACCUGUAAGGUCAGAUUCACCAACGACAUCACUACAGAGGAGACGGAGACUCUGAAUGUGACCUAUAUGAAGGAACCUGUGAUCAGCGGAAACACAGCGGUUAAAGAAGGAGAUGUUCUCCGUCUGACCUGCAGUGGAGAUAGUUUCCCUCCAUCUCGUGUCACCUGGACUAAACUUUAUUUCAACGAAAACCUGCAAAGCAAAAAUGUCCUGCACGACGUGAGUGGAGCAGCAACUCUUCUCAUCUCUAAUGUGACAGCAGAGUGCUCUGGUCAGUACGUCUGUACAGCGGAGCAAAGGAUCACUGAUGUGACUACAGCUGCUGAAGUAACCGUGACGUGUAAGUAGGCUGCAGUCUGAAGGUUCUUCAUGUUCUU